AUGAACUUUGCCAUCGAGGUCAUUGCGGAAGCAAACCCCCUGACAGACCAAAAUCUGUUUCACGUGUUGCAAUCGGCAUCCUCAAACGACCAACAACAAGUAAAGAGUGGUACACAACAGCUUCAGAAUUGGGAGAAGGCAUCUGGUUUCUACAGUUCUUUACAGUCGCUACUCCUCAAUAAAUCACUUCCUUUCGAGGUCCGUUAUCUAUCCGUUAUACAACUCAAGAACGGAAUAGACAAAUACUGGCGGAAGACUGCUACGAAUGCCAUUAACAAAGAUGAAAAGAACCUUAUCCGCUCAAGAUCCUUGGAAAGCGGCGUCAAUGAGCCAGAUCGGCGGUUGGCCCUCCAAAUAAGCAUUGUUAUUGCGAAGAUAACGCGUUAUGAGUAUCCUCACGACUGGCCCGAUGUGAUGGAGUCAAUUCUUGAACAAUUGCAGCCUCAAGUGGGGAGUACUCCCAACUCUCUACCACUUUCUCGGACGCUUCUCAUACUUCUCUAUAUUAUCAAGGAACUCUCAACUGCCAAAUUACAGCGAUCUCGGGCAAGUCUACAGUCUGCAGCCCCUAAUAUCGUUGAAGUCGUGGGCAACAUAUAUGUUGGACGCGUCGAGACUUGGAUAACAUUCCUCACAACAGGUGGCGAUGAUGAGGGUGAAGCUCUGGAAAGUAUCGAAAUCAGUCUCCUUGCUUUACAAGUUCUUCGGCGAUUGAUCGUUUCUGGCUACGAUUUUCCUAAUCGCCACGCGGAAAUUCGGGAUAUCUGGAAGAUCCUCGUUUCACAUUUCGGACAGAUGCUCGCAUUAGUCCAAGAAAGUUCACGUCUUUCGAGAGCUAAAUCAAGAAAGCUCAUCGAAAAUCACCUGAUUCAGAUAUCUAAGCUCCACAUCAAUAUGGUACAGUCCCACCCUGUGGGGUACGCGCUUCUACCGGAUUCCACUGGACUGUCUAAAGCUUAUUGGGGUCUUGCCCGUCAAUUUGGGGAAACACUCGGAUCACAGACCCCCAAUUCAUCCGCAAAGAUAGGCUCGGAUGGUGAUGCUGAAGAAGGCGAAGGACCAUCGACGAUGGAAAAGCUGACACUGAAAGGCUUACUACUGAUUCGAGCUUGCUUGAAGAUGGUGUUCAACCCCGUGCAGACGUUCAAGUAUCAGAAAAAUGAGGACAAAGAAGAGCGUAAGACAUCGAAGGAUUUGAUGAGGAAUGACCUGCUUUCAGGGGGUUUUGCCCGUGAAGUAAUGGAGACCUUGGUCACACGUUUCUUCGUCUUCACCGCACGGGAUCUGAAGGAAUGGGAGGAAGAACCGGAUGAAUGGGAGAAAACCCAAGAGGGUGGUGGCAGUGAUUGGGAGUUUUCCAUUAGAUCUUGUUCUGAGAAGCUAUUCUUAGAUUUGAUGAUCAACUACAAAGACAUGCUUAUGCAGCCAUUGUUGACUGUCUUCAGAAAUGUGGCCACUGUGGAAAAUACCCAGGUCCUUCUCAAAGACUCUAUUUAUGCUGCAAUUGGGCUCGCAGCACCGGUAUUAGAGCGCAACGUUGACUUCGACUUUGGGCAUUUCCUCAACAACACCUUGGUUCAAGAAGUACAAAUCCCACAAUCUGGCUACAACAUUCUACGCCGCCGAGCAGCCGUUAUCCUUGGUCAAUGGCUCCCCGUGAAAGAAGGCCUCAAUAGGCCCCUGGUAUACCAAAUUUUCCAGCACUUACUUGACAAGCGGGACCAAUUGAAUGACCAGGUUGUCCGCGUCACUGCUGGAAGGCAGCUCAGGAAUGUCGUUGACCCAUUUGAAUUUGCGGCUGAACCAUUCAUGCCUUAUGUACCGAAUAUCCUAGGCAGUUUGAUGGCACUGAUCGAAGAGGUGGAGCUUCCGGAUACCAAAAUGGCGCUUUUAAACACGAUCAAUGUCAUUGUCACAAAGAUGGAACAGCAUAUUUCCCCCUUUGCGGACCAAAUCAUAUCCCUUCUUCCUCCUCUGUGGGACCAGGCUGGCGAAGAGUAUCUAAUGAAACAGUCCAUUCUCGGCAUACUAUCAGCGCUAGCAACCUCAAUGCAGGCCGAGUCUCGGAGAUAUCAUCACUUGAUCAUUCCUUUGAUCCAAUCCUCCAUCAAUCCAAACUCCGAAAGUAGGGUUUAUCUCCUCGAAGACGCCCUAGAACUAUGGUCAACAGUCCUUGGUCAGACACCUCCACCAGCCCCAUCCGAGAUCGUCUCUCUUGUUCAAUACCUCUUCCCUAUGUUCGAGGUAGCGUCAGAAACACUUCGCAAAGCCUUGGAGAUCACGGAGUUGUACAUCUACCUCAUCCCUUCGGAGUUCCUUACAAGCGCGGCUCUUAUCUUCGGCCCAUUCGGCUUGUUGCUUGGGUCCGUCAAGCCUGAAGCAAGCGGUACAGUCACCAGUCUGGUGGAGCUGCUAAUCCGGUCGGCAGAUAAACUUGGUGGUGUGUCAGCUGUUGAAGACCUUACCCAGUCGAUGAUCUCAUCCAAUCUUUUGUCUACCCUGCUGUCCGGCCUUCACAACGCGUAUCUGGCACAUCAAACUACUGGUCCGAAUAGGACAAAACCGUCAAUCGAUGGCAUCAUCGAAACUGACUACCUCAAUGUAUGUGCCCGGCUCGCAGUAGCUAGCCCCUCGCUCCUUAUUUCCGGGCUCGAGGCAGCGCUUCAUAACAGCGAAGUGAACGGCAGCAACCAGCAGAAUCGAGUUAUCGAAUGGCUUCUUACCGAAUGGUUCUCUCAUAUGGACAACAUCGGUCAUCCUGCCCACAAGAAAUUGAAUUGCCUAGCCCUCACUUCCUUCCUUGAGACCGGCCAACCUUGGAUAGUUUCUCGACUACAGAGCCUCAUGACUGUAUGGACUGACGUCGUCACUGAACUUGUGGUUGACGCUAGUCUCGAAGAAGGGAAGGUGGAUUACCGGGACAGCCUAGUCUACAACGACCCCAACGCCCAGAAGCCUGACGGGCCUGAAGCUCCAGCUGACGAGCGGAGACGAGUCCUAGAUUUCGAGGAUCCGGUGCACAGGAUAGAUGUGAGGGUCUUUAUUCGGGAGAAAUUGGCAGUCGCAGUGGAGAAGUGUGGAGGCAUGGAGACAUUCCAGAGGGAAUGGGUCCAGAAUGUAGAUGAGGAUGUUGUGCGAGCGUUUGGCGCUCUGGGCAUCGUCUGA